CAGUUAGAAACCCAACCGGCAGCGGGGAGGCUGAGGGUCGGAUUUUUCCACUACAACACAGGAGUCAGUCAUCCAUACAAGUGUUUGAGGUGUUUUAUCUUCGUCAAUGUUCAAGGAAUUGUGUAAAUUCUAAAUCUUCAUCCAGUUUUAAAGCCGAAUGUCUGAGAGUGGAAGCUACAUAGCUAGAAGGACACUUAGCGAGCUAACAGGCUAAUAUCUUUCCGCUCGGAUUGUUAUUUUCAUACAAUUUUUAUUUUGAAUAUUUAACAUCGAAGACGUUCGUGCUGCCAACGCGUGAAGACUUCUUGUGAGGAACAAUGAUGGAUUUCGCUGCCGGUUGCCUUGGAGGUGCUGCUGGAGUUCUAGUAGGACAUCCUUUUGACACUGUAAAAGUCAGGCUUCAAGUUCAAGAUAUGCACAAGCCAUUGUACAGGGGAACAUUUCACUGUUUCCAGUCCAUCAUACGGCAAGAAUCAUUAUUUGGUCUGUACAAAGGCAUUGGUUCUCCUAUGAUGGGCCUGACAUUCAUCAAUGCCAUUGUCUUUGGUGUGCAAGGCAACACAAUGCGUCUUCUGCAAAAAGACACUCCCACAAACCAAUUCCUAGCAGGAGCAGCUGCUGGAGCCAUCCAGUGUGUUAUUUGUUGCCCAAUGGAACUGGCCAAGACACGCAUGCAGUUGCAAGGUACUGGUGAAAAGAAGACGUCCACUCGCAAGGUGUACAAAAACUCGUUGGACUGCCUGGCCCGGAUAUACCAGCGUGAGGGCGUGCGGGGUGUCAACAGGGGCAUGGUGACCACCCUCAUUCGUGAGACGCCUGCCUUUGGAGUGUACUUCCUAGUCUAUGAUGUGUUAACACGUUCACUAGGCUGUGAGCCACAUGACUCAUACAUGAUCCCUAAACUGAUGUUUGCUGGUGGUAUGUCAGGCAUUGCCUCGUGGCUUUCUACAUAUCCUGUGGAUGUGAUUAAGUCUCGGCUACAAGCAGAUGGUGUUGGAGGAAAGUUCCAAUACAAUGGCAUCAUGGAUUGCACACGCAAGAGCAUAGAGAAAGAGGGCUGGCGUGUGUUUACAAGAGGCCUCACAUCCACUCUGCUCCGAGCUUUUCCCGUCAAUGCAGCUACUUUCGCUACUGUAACACUCUUCCUCAUGUAUGUACGGGGAGAUUAAGCUCCCAAAGAUUGCGAAGCUGACCCACAGCACCAUGCUGCAUUAGAGCAGCAAGCACAGCCUACCAACAUGCAAAGCCUCAGUUUUCAAUGUGUAAGCUAGGGAUAAGUUGAGUCUGCCCUCUGUUGGUGAUGUACCCACCAACCAUUCUGGAAAUCUGGAGAAAUAUUUAUAUAACAAAGGGAUUUUGAUUGCGUGUUCCUAUUGAAAUAUUUUUUCUUACUACUACUGUAUGUGCACCAGAUGGUAGGUCUAAUAUUACUGUCUAGAACCACUCUUGCAUGACUACUGCUGCUACUGCUGGUAUUGUACACAGCAACAAAAAGGCAGCAACUGCUGCAGUGAAAGAAAUUCACAUCCUGUUACGCCACCAUUCAUUACCUGUUAAAUUGUAAUGAAUUAAAAAUGUAAAAACUACUUCCUGAGGUCAAGUAGUUUAUAAACAAAUGUGAAAUACAGAUGGAAAAGUGCACUUUAGGUUUUUUUAACUGACUGUAGAACAUGGGCAUGUAAAAAAGCCAUGUCUGUCAUUUCCAUAAUUUAAAUUGCUAAUACACAGCUUCCCAAACUUUAAAGGCAUAAAGCUCCCUCCAGAAAUCAGCAAAAGCUGCAUGGCUCAUCUAUUUUUUUAUAUAGAUUGAUAAAAUGUAGAUAAAUAUGUAUAAUCAAUUAGAUUGUCUCUUUGCACGAAAUGGCAUCAUUUCAGUAUCAUAUCAUCAUUUUCAUCAUACAGUAGCGAAGGUUCCAUUGACGUUAUGUGCGCUACCAUAACAAUUUACACAUCGUAUUCUGGUGAACGUAAGAUGAUUCGCUUCAUUCUCUCUGAAUCCUAUAUUGUUUUGGACAUGAAAUAUUGUUACUAUUUUCCCUGCCAGAUUGAGUCCAUCCAAUGCCUACCAAGUAUAGGCCAGUUCGCAAAGCCAGUCAAAAUCACAGACAUGGGCUGCAAAUUCAAAUUAGGAAUCAGAGAGGAAUACAAAAGGGAAAACAAAAGUUCUUCUAAUAGGAUGCUCUGCAUAGUAUCUUGCAUAGUUUCAGUGGUUCAUUAAAAAGAACUCAUUCAUCUCUGUACAGUACUUGCGACUUUUUUUGUGAGUCUCUAGUGCUGUCGGGUCCAUUUGGAAUAGGCUGAUAAUUAACUGCAGACUGACAGACACUGAAAUCUUAACAAUACAGUUAGAAAUAAGCAAGGUUUCUGACCAUACUAUAUAAAAAAUAAUAAUAAAAUCAGUUUUGAUAUAUUCCAAACUUCCGCAAUGCCUCUGUGGCUCACCAGGGGGACAGGGCCCACACUUUGGGAAGCACUGUGCUAAGACAUUUUCCCAAGGCAGCAUUCUGUGUACUGUACUUACUGUAGAAUUCUUGCUAAUUCAUAAGCACUGAUACUAAUGAGAAUUGGAAAAUAUUGUUAGAUUAGUUAAAAUUUGAAAUUCUAGUUAAAAGGUAAAAUUCUACCUGGGCUGGUUUCCUAGAAUUUAGGUAUCAUAUACUGAAGUGAUUGUAAAAAAUUUGAAACUCAUUAUCAACAUAGUUCUGUUAUUUCCUGCAUGUUAAAGAGAAGGAUUUUUAAAGCAUUUGUAAAAUUAAGAAUCCAUAUCUUUAGUUCCAUGCAAUAAAUUGACUGCCUUUACCAUUAAAAAAGAAUGCUGUUGUUUUUAUUUUUCUUGAUAAAAUGGUAACAGCAUGUUUUUUUUCCCCAAUCAGUACAGAAUUAUGAUGCUUUGUUACAAGCAAAUAUUGCCUUAAUUCUAUUAAUUGCCUUAGAAUAAAAUUCUUUUAUUUCUUACAUUGUAUGUACAUUACAAAGUCUAUCCAAUGCGGUUGGAACUGUGUGUAACAUUUUCUUCUGAUUAUGUUUGUAUUUAAACUCAAUUAUAGCAGUUAGUGGAACCUGCAUUAAGAUGGGUUAUCAGUAUAGUCUAUUGUUAGGUGUAAACUCAUUCAUUAGGUCAUACCCUGUAUACUGUACAUCAUUUACAAUCUAUGUAUUCCAUUAAAUCUUGAGCUUUAAAAAGUAAAGAUCAGUUUUACUUUAGCUAUCAGACAUUUUAUGAAAAAAAAUCUUCAUAAGAAGUCAAAUGGUUAUAGUAUUUGGUUGUUGUUAAAAUAUUUGAUUUUAUUGAACCAUUUCUUUGUACUAGUUGCUGUUAAAAGAGAUUUUAGAAGAUUUCAAGAAGUGGGUUGCUUACAGAAGAUUAUAUCUAGAUUUGUUUUUUAUUUUAUUGACCUAAUCUGGUGAUAAAUAAGUGCUUUUUACUAGGCAUGUUUGCUGAGUGUGCUGAGUGGAAGAGAACCUGACCCCGGUAGUGUAGGUAGGUUAUGCUUUAUAUUGUGUCAUCACGAAACUAGAAAUAAAUCAAGUGACACUGAAAUGGGACAAUGUAAUGUUUAUUUCUAUUUUUGCAAAACUAUUAAAGCAUAUUGG